AGAGACGAAAGCAGAAUCGCGUUAACCCCCGACCCGAGUGUAUUUAGCGCAAUCGCAAAAGGCAAAAGCGAGGAAGAACAGACAGGGGAACGCGGAAAAAGGGAAAAAAGAAUCCGUCUUUGCAUCCCACAUCCCUGUCUUUCUCCUCUCCUACCCUUCUUCUUCUUCCACUUGAAGCUUUUUCUCUCUUGGUCUUAUCCUCCUCCUUGUUGUUGCGGGAAGAGGCAGGAAGGAGGAGGUUUUGUGGUGCGAUCUUGUUGGGGUUUCAGGUCAGAAGGGAGAAGGGGAGAGGUCAGCCAUGGCAUUGCCUGUUUCCCUCCUCCGCAUCGCGGCGGUUCUGCUCGCCAUCUUGCCAUUCUGCGCCACGCAUCCAAGCCCCGGGUUCCAUGCUCCUCGCGAGUUUCACAAGGCACUCGUCCCAGAUAGAUAUGGAUUUGUGGCAAGAAGAUCAAUUGCUGAAGCUCCUGUUGACGUAAAUGUCACUACAAACAGUUCCUUUGUCUUGGCGCAAGAGCGAACAUAUAGAAAAGACCCCUUGAAUGGAUUCAGGAAAUAUACUGGCGGUUGGAAUAUUAGCGAAGUGCACUAUAUGGCUUCAGUUGGAUACACAGCUUUUCCACUGUUCAUCAUUGCCUUGGUGUGGUUUGUGCUGUUUUUUCUGGUUAUGCUUGGAAUUUGCUGCAAGCAUUGCUGUUGUCCACAUCGCAGUUACACAUACUCUCGGGUAGCAUAUGCCCUAUCUCUGAUACUUCUAAUAUUGUUCACUUGUGCUGCAAUUGUUGGAUGUGUCAUGCUGUAUGAUGGUCAAGGAAAGUUCCAUAAAAGCACAACGACUACCUUGAAUUUUGUCGUUAGCCAGGCCAAUUUUACUGUCGAAAACCUUAAUAACUUAUCCGAUAGUUUAUCUGCUGCAAAAAAGGUUGACAUAGGGCGAUCCUUUUUGCCUAACGAUGUGCAAAAUCAGAUCAAUGAAAUUCAAGGAAAGUUGAACUCAUCAGCUACUGAGCUUGCUACUAGAACUACUGACAAUUCCGAGAAGAUACAAAAAUUGCUAAAUCAAGUGCGGAUUGCUUUGAUUAUCAUUGCGGCAGUAAUGCUUCUUCUGGCAUUUAUUGGCUUCUUACUAUCUAUCUUUGGCCUGGAAUUCAUUGUCUCUAUUUUGGUGAUUAUCGGGUGGAUACUAGUCACCGGGACGUUUAUCCUGUGUGGUGUCUUCCUUCUUCUGCAUAAUGUCGUCGCAGAUACUUGUGUCUCGAUGGAGGAGUGGGUUGCUCAUCCAACAGAGCACACAGCUCUGGAUGACAUUAUUCCCUGUGUUGAACCUGCCACCGCGAAUGAAUCCCUGUAUAGAAGUAGGCAAGUCACUUACCAACUGGUGAAUCUGGUAAACCAAGUAAUCACCAACGUGUCCAAUGGAAACUUCCCUCCGCAAACUCCUUUCUUCUACUUCAAUCAGUCGGGGCCACUGAUGCCUACACUCUGCAACCCGUUCACAGCCGAUCUGAAUAACCGUACUUGCACCAGAGGAGAGGUUACCUUGGACAAUGCAACCCGGGUUUGGAAGAAUUUUGAGUGCCAGACUACCACUGUCUCAGGAACUGAGAUAUGCACUACCGUGGGCCGUGUUACCCCAACGAUUCUCGGUCAGAUGGCAGCGGGCGUGAAUGUGAGCCAGGGGCUGUAUCAGUAUGGGCCCUUCCUGAUCCAGCUGGAGGACUGCACUUUCGUCCGCGACACCUUCACCAACAUCAACCAGAACCACUGCCCUGGCCUGGAGAGGUACAGCAAAUGGGUUUACGUCGGCCUGGUGAUGGUUUCGUCGGCCGUUAUGCUCUCCCUCGUCUUCUGGGUGAUCUACGCCAGGGAGCGGCGCCACCGUGCGUACAGCAAACAGCACAACUACGCUGACAAGCCGCAUCCGACUGGCCCGGACGCUUGAUGCAUAUGGCCGAUGCUGUGCUGCAGAAGAAUCUCCAUGUCCAUACUCUUCGUGCCUGUCAUCAUCAUGUAGAUCACCGUGCCUUCUGAUUGUUCGUUGGUUACACCGAUCCUGUCCUCUUCUUUUUUUUUCUUUUUUUUUUGUUGUAGCAUUGAUGUGAAUUAUUAUUGUAGCUUGAUCUUUUUCAUCUUGUUUGCUCUUCUUGGUGAACUGAAACUUUGUUAAGAGGUGCUGUUUGUGAACUUGAGAUAGAUUUCUGACUUUGUGCCAUUAGAGUUUCAGUUUGUGUACCUGCUGCUGUUGAUGUACAGUCAUCAUGGUCCAGAAGAAUUGUUGCAUUGUCAUUA